UAAUAAAUACGUGUAUAUAAUGAACAAUUAAUGGUCUAAUUUUUGUAAUUACGUGAUUAUAAGUAAACAGAAAAUAACGUUCGAAAAUGAAGAAAAAUGAUCCUCAAAAUAAAAUAAAAUCUCGAGAAUUAAUUGUACUUGACUGUUCCUUGAAAAUUAAUAUUUAUCCGCGAUAUUUUGAGUGUUUUGUGAAAGAAUACCUUUGAUCCUGUGAGGUUAGAAUCGUGCGAAUGCGAGGUUAGUCACUCGCUCUUAUGAGAGAUCGUCAACAGUGAUUAAGAUCCAAGAAUUGCCGCAGGUACACGUCAACAAAUCCGAUUGUUCCAUGUGCAAGUCUACGGGCGGUCGCAAGCAUGAUCCUUCACUUUUUAACGUAAGGACACUGGAUUAAAACAGCUCAUUAGUGCGAUCCUCUGCAUGGACAUUCGUCAUUCUACCCAUAAACAUGUUGUUACUAGUAGCAGUGUGUAACUUAAUUUGCAUACUUGUUGCUUUGCCAAUCCUAUUGAUAAAAUGGAGAAGGUGUUACUCCAAGAAGCGGGAGGAGAGACAACAGAGAGGUACAGUUAUCGGAAUCUUUCAUCCAUAUUGCAAUGCAGGUGGAGGAGGUGAGAGAGUGCUUUGGGCUGCAGUUCAAGCUAUACAGAAUAAAUAUCCUGAUGUACACAUAGCUAUAUAUACUGGUGAUCUUGAUGCUGAACCCGAAAAGAUUCUUAAGAGAACCGAAAAGACAUUCGAUGUUAAAUUACGUUCAAACAUUGAAUUCGUCUAUCUACACAGACGAAAAUGGGUGGAAGCUUCCAUGUAUCCUUAUUUCACAUUGCUGGGGCAAAGUCUAGGAUCUGUCUGGUUGGGCAUCGAAGCAUUGAACAGUCUUCCACCAGACAUAUACAUCGACACAAUGGGUUACGCAUUUACGUAUCCUUUAUUUAAAUAUAUCGGUGGUUGUCGGGUCGGAUCGUACACACAUUAUCCCACCAUUUCGACCGAUAUGUUAAGACAUGUUUAUAGAAGAGUAAUCUCGCACAACAACCGACGAAUCAUUGCCAGAAAUCCGAUUUUCUCAGGAGCAAAAAUCAUUUACUAUAAAUUAUUUGCACUUUUGUAUGGAUUAGUCGGUAGUUGCGCCGAAACUGUCAUGGUAAACUCCUCGUGGACCGAAGAACAUAUCAAUUAUAUCUGGAAAUGUCCAUUAAAGACGCAUCGAGUGUAUCCUCCAUGUAAUGUAGAGCAUCUGCUCAAAUUGCCGUUUCUCAGUGAUGAAGAAAAAGGUGGAAUACGAAUAGUGUCGAUCGCACAAUUCAGACCCGAAAAGAAUCAUCCGCUCAUGUUGAGAGCCAUGUUCGAACUAAGAUCAAUUCUUAAAGAGGAAGUUUGGGAAAGAGUCAAAUUAAUCUGCAUCGGUUCCUGUCGAGACGCAGAGGAUGAAGCGCGCGUCAAGGACAUGCAAGAUUUGGCUAAACACUUGGCUUUAGAGGAAAAUGUCGAGUUCAAAUUGAAUAUACCAUUCUCCGAUCUCGUGUCAGAGAUGCAAAAAGGAACAAUUGGUCUGCAUACUAUGUGGAACGAACAUUUUGGUAUCAGCAUUGUGGAAUGCAUGGCUGCAGGCUUGAUUAUGGUGGCCCAUGCUUCUGGUGGACCAAGGGCAGACAUCAUAGAAACGCAGACGGGUAGUGUGACUGGUUUCCUGGCAGAAGAUGAAGAAGAAUAUGCGAAAGUAUUAGCGUACAUUAUACACAUGCAUCCGGACGAACGAAAUGCUAUUAAAGUUGCCGCAAGAUCAUCUGUAAAUCGUUUCUCGUGUCAGCUCUUCGAGAAGGAAUUUCUACGAGCGCUGGAGCCGUUUUUUCGAACGAAACAAGAGUAAUUUUGUUGCCUUAUAAUUUUCCUAAGUGGUAAAUACAUUACACUGAUGUGUGUAAUUUAUUUUAAAAUUAAAAUGCGCAUUUUCAGUACAUGUUACAUUAUCCUGUAUAUGUAAUAGCAUGUGUAUAUAACAAAUAAGUGUGUUUUCUAUGUAACAAAUCAAUAUUUACUCGUUGAGAGAUGCGAGACUUACUCUACUCCAUUAAUUUUAGAAUACAAUACAUUAGAAUAAUCAUGAUUUAGCGUACACUACAUUAUGUAACAAUAAUUGUUAAUAAAAUGUAAUAUUUAUUCAAACGACUUCUCGUUCAAAAUUCUAGAAAUAUUAUGUAUAUAUAUAUAUAUAUAUAGAAAAAUUAUGAAAGUAUGUUAAUAUAUCGAUGUUGCAAUUUACUUACUGUAACAGCAAAUGCAAGAGCCAAUUAUUUGUACGACAUAACAGUUAUUCCAAAACAUAUGUGAAUUAUAAAGCAUCGUAUGGUCAUUGUUUAA